UUUCAAAAAGAAGUUCUAUAUAGAUUAUCAUUCGUUAAACACGAACUGUGAAGAACUGUAAGCAACCAAAUGGAAUUAAGCCAACGCAUGGAAAAUGUAGAAACUCAAAAUCUCAGUAAUAUAAUCUUACAAAAUAAUAAUAAUGAAAACAAUACAUACUUAAAAAGAUUAUAUACCUGGCUAUAUAGUGAUAUGAACACUAUAUCAGAUUUAAAUGCAUUCAAUCAGAAAUAUUCUGAAGAUGAAUUAUUUUGUAAUAAUGUGAUUAAUCGAUUAACAUAUAUUGGAGGAAAACACGUUAAAGCAAUGAUUAAAAGAAUAAUGGAUAAACUUUUAAAAUUGUUUUCAUACUCUGGCAAAAAAGGAAAAACCAAAUUUUCUGACCAAAUGAUUUGUCCUAUUAUCUUUGAUGCUGUAAAAAAACAAUUAAAGUUUAAUAAUGCAACCCAAAAUGAAAUGGAAGAAGUCGUUAAGACGUAUGUGCUUGCCCAAGCUCCGUUCAACAUUAAAGUCAAC